GGGCUGAGAGACUGACGGCAGUGAUGCUCAGAACGAGUAGCCAUUAUUGACUUCACAAAUAAUUCAUUUCAGAAAGAAGGUUGUAAUAUCGGUCGAGGUUUACUGUUUUCAUUAACAUUUGGCUCAUAUCAGAAUACAUUUUGUUUUAUUUAUUUAUUAUUGGGUAGCACAGCCUACAUGGAUUUAUACGGAAAGAUGGCUGCCACUCAGGGGACCACUCAAGGGAAGGAGGGCGGGGACCAGAACUUCGACUACAUGUUCAAGCUGCUGAUCAUUGGGAACAGCAGCGUGGGUAAAACCUCCUUCCUUUUCCGCUACGCUGACGACGCCUUCACCUCAGCCUUCGUCAGCACUGUGGGCAUCGACUUCAAAGUCAAGACUGUCUACAAGAAUGACAAGAGGAUUAAAUUGCAGAUCUGGGACACGGCGGGACAGGAGCGGUACCGGACCAUCACCACUGCGUACUACCGCGGAGCCAUGGGCUUCAUCCUUAUGUAUGACAUCACCAACGAGGAGUCCUUCCAUUGUGUGCAGGACUGGUCCACCCAGAUUAAGACCUAUUCGUGGGACAACGCCCAGGUGGUGUUGGCUGGGAACAAAUGUGACAUGCAGGAGGAGAGGGUGGUGGCUGCAGACAGUGGGAGACAACUGGCAGAACAACUGGGUUUUGAGUUCUUUGAGACAAGUGCCAAGGACAACAUCAACGUCAAGCAGACCUUCGAGCGCCUCGUUGACAUCAUCUGUGACAGGAUGUCCGAAAGCCUGGACACUGACACCGCCGUUACCAUGGGAACACCCAGCACCAAACUGACAGACAACGCCCCGCCCCUCCAGCAGCCCGCCUGCAACUGUUAGUGGCUCCUCCCAGUUACUGUGUUGCCAAGAUACCCAGUCCCUUAGAUGUAGACUGCAUCCCAAAUUACAUCCUAUUACCUAUUUCAGAGUUUCUUAAACUAUGGGUCGGGACCCAAAAUGGGGCCUGGGCAUGUGAGAUUUGAGUCGCAUUAUAGAAUACAUCUAUAAUCACACACAAUUUCUUCUUAAUAUGAGUCGUUGGAGGACGAUUUGGUUCAUGGGAUGAUGGUGAUUUUUAUUUGGGUCUCGAGCUGAAAAAGUUUAAGAACCCCUGCCUUAUAUAAUGCAUUACUUUUGAGCAGGGCCCACAUAGUGCUCUUGUGAAAAGUAGUUCACUAUGUAGGGAAUAGGGUGCUAUUUUGGAUACAGACAUAAUCUUAAAGGUACAAUGCUGACAUUUUUUUUAUGUUAACAUCAUAUAAUUUCUGGGUAACAAUAAAAUAUCUUACUGUUAUUGUUUUCAAUUAAAAUGGUAAAAAAUAAACAAAAAUUGCUUCUUAGCAAAGAGCAAUUUCUCAAGCAAGAAUUUUGCUAGUGCUCUCUGGGAGUGGUCUGAGUGGGGAGGGGACAACUGAAAACUAGCUGUUAUUGGCAGAGAGGUUUGGAACUCUCUUUCUUAUUGGUCUAUUAACUAAUUUAACGCCUGGUGUUGUCAACAGGCAAGCCAGAACUCCAUUCCACCAAAACAGGCUGAAAUUUCAGGUGGCCUUUUCAAACUGCUCUUUCACUAAAAGGGCAUUAUCGUAAUUUUCACUGUCACAGUAUUAUUCCAACCUAAUAGUAUGGAAAUAUAUAUAAAACACAGGAAAUCACGUUUUACUGUACUGGGCCUUUAAAGCAGGGGAGCACAACUAAAGUCCUGGAUGGCUGCUGUGAAGGCUGACUUUCCUCCUUGCCUUUUCGUCAGAGAUUGACCAGUGUAGCUGCUGUAGGUGCACUGUCUGGCCAAUCAGUGACAGUAGUUGAUAAAUUAAGUGCCAGGAUGGAAGGAAAACCAGCAGGACUUCAUCCCUAGUGGACUGGAGUUGUGCACACUUGUCUUUCUAUAUCCUGCACUGUAACAGAAAAGUGUAAUUUAUACAGUCAUUUUGAGUAUUAUCAUUAGUAAAAAUACUCUGAAACGUUUUACUACAACAUACUGCUUAUUAUGGUACAUUGUGGGAAAAUGUUGUGGUCGGAGAAGUAAUUGCUUUGUUUCAAAUGGUACUGUAAUUCCACCCCACAAAAUACAGCACCAUACCGUAUCUUUGGAGGGCCAAAAACCUUUUGACCACUAAUGGGUGCAUGGUAUUGUUGUGCCACUCAAAAAUGAUAUUUUUGUUUUUGUUUCAUUAGUCCACUGUUGAAUCAGUCCCUAAAUGUUCUGCAUGUCAGCAAUCAAGUUUUCAAGAUAUUGAAAAUGCAUCAUACUGUGACACUUUUGGUAUUUUGAAAGUUCUAUAUCUUGAAAACUUGAUUGCUGACAUGCAAUAAAAUAUGGGACUGUAUCAUCGGUGAACAAAUGAAAAACAUACAAAAAGGUAAUUUUCCCUUUAACAUAUUUUGAGGCUUGCACCUGCAAGUGAGAAUGCUGUACCAAUUUGACUGCUAUGUGGUGAUAGUGACCCAUUCAUUCAUAAUGUAUAGGGGACAGAUUAGAGUGGCAGCAAGUCAAACCUUAAAUGGUUGAGCAUUUUGUCAGGUCCUUUUGGUCUGUUUUGCCCUGUAGUCGCUGUCAGUUUGGAAACCUUGGUAAAGGCCUCUAGAUGUGCAAAUGAUACAAAACAUCAAAUAUUAAUUAAUAUGAUAUAAUGUGCAAACACUUUACAUAGCAGCCAACUUGCUUGCACCACUCCCUUGUAAUUACAGUAAAAUACUGUAAAGUACAAACCCCUCCCCUCAAUGAAUUUCAUUCAUCCAUUCAUUCUGAUUACGGUAGAAUUAACUUUUUUUCAGUAUAAUAUAGUACAUUUUACGGUAUUGUACUGUAUGCGUCAUUACCAAGUACUUGCUUUGAUACCGUAUUUAUAUAAUAGUAGGUGUACUGUAAUAUGAAAUACAGAAUUAGACUUGCCACUGAGCUGCCUGUAAGUUACUGUCAAAUUCACAGCAACUUCUUUACAGUGUGCUGUUUUAUCCGACCGCUUUUAUCAUUGAACAUCAAUGGCAAUCAACUAGCUUUGGUGCCAGUUUGUUUCUGCUCUCUUGCCAACUCUUUAUGGAAUUGUGGUGUUGGCAAGAGCACAAAUCUGUGACCAGGCUAGCAAUCAAUGUAUGUCCCUCUCCAUAGCUCUGUUGAGGAACAGAUACACACUUCACACCUUUACCUGGAAACACAGAGGGUCAAUAUAAGUCUGAGUCGAUGUAGGCCUAUUAUAGUGUGGCUGAUAAUAGGACAUUACAAACAUACAUUAUUCUCUUUAGCUUACCAUACAAUAUUCACAAAAAUGAUACUUGUAAAGGCUUUUCGAAUUCAAUGUGUGGUCAAUGCACGUACUGCACAGUAGCUUUCCAGCUGGCUUCAAAGACUUGUUAUCAAUUCUAAUUCUGUGAGGAGAACCUAUAGCUGUCACUGUUUUUACUGUCCAUCGUAAAACUUGCCGGACACACAGUUAUAAUCAGUGCUUUAAUUUAUUUAUCCUUCUAUUUAUGUAUUUCUUUUAUUUUGUAUGUAUUGUUGUUACAUAGUCUUCUGCCACAGCCAAACUAUAUUAUUAAGUGUACUGUAUACAAACUGGUAGGUAGUAGUUGAUUUCUGUUUGCAGUUUGUGUGUGCGUGCGUGCGUGACCGUGUGCCUGUGUGUUUUAGGAAAAAUGAAUGAGUGUGGCUGUGUGAGUACUUUCAAUCAUCUACCUUGGAUAAAAACAAAUGUGGCCUUUUAGUAUUUCCAACAUGGCCUCUUCUCCUUUGUGCUCACCUGCCACAUUUCUUUCAUAUUUCAUGAAUAUACUAUACAUGCAUUGUGUCUAUGUGAGUACUGUAUUAUACUGUACAUGUGUUUUGUAGUAGUAGUCCUGAUGUGUGAUCUGAUGAGUGUCUGCAUUUCUGCAAAACUGAAUAGAUCCUCUUUUCCUAGCCUUAAUAAGAAUAAUACAAGUGUGCUAUGAAAUAGCCAAUAACCUAAGUUGUGUUUGUGGCUGAAUUUGAGUUUGUGGCUGUGCCACCUAGUGACCACUCUGCAGAGCUGCCUCCAGUACAUGAUUUAUGUCAAUAAAUACCAACCUGCUCAUUUCCACUUCUCAAGAGAAAUGAAAACAUAUAAUUCACAAAUUAAACACAGCCAAGAUAUGAUAUGUUAUGACAGAUGGAUACUGAAGCCAUGAUAGAUAGUCUGUCUGACUGGAUAAACAGCAAUAUUCUAUGAAACAGACAACACAUCCAUAUACCUGCUACAGUAUAUGGGUUCCCUUUUAUAAGAAACUAGUGCACCUUUUCCACAUCCCUGACCAGCUUAGGGAUCAUGUUAUUAUUGUCUCUCCAUCCUUGGCUGAAGCAAAUUGUCCUUUACAUCGAGAAUGUCCUGUAAAUCCCAGUAAAGAUAAUCUCAUCUACAUAUUAAGUGAAUAGUUACAUUGAUCCUUUAGCUUCAAAUUACCUAGAAACAGAAUAGUAAAACUAUAUAAUUGUGCCAAAAAACUGGCUGUAGUUUGUUUUGCACCGUCUAGAGUUUCUGCAUAGAAAAAUGAAGGUUCAGAAAAGAAAAGUUGCAUGAAGACAUUGAAUUAUCUAUAUUUCUAUCUAUAAAGGUGUAUAUUGUCUAUGUUUAAGUGCACCCUCAUAGCUUUGUCUGUGGGGUGCAAUGGGCCAACAAGUGCAAUAUUUGAUGAAUUAUUUCCUGUACAUAGUCCUCCUAGUACAUUAUACCUGCAGUAGAGUGACUGUUCUAAUGUUCUUGUUGUACUGUAUGGCACUGCAAGCAUCACACACACACUAAAUAUGUGCUUUAUCUGGGAUUCGAGGUGAAGUAGUGUGUGUGUGUGUGUGUGUGUGUGUGUGUGUGUGUGUGUGUGUGUAUGUGUUACUUAUUGUAUGUGUUGACAUUUUCUACUGAUGUAUUCAUGUACUACUUACUAUAUACUGUUCCUGUUAGCUAACUGUUGGUGAACUCGUACUAUACGUGAAAAUGUAGUGUUGUGAAAGAUAGUCAGGGAAAUUAGUAUAUGCCAUAUGCCGUACUGAUAUUAAGUCUAUGUGAUAAAAAAGGGAAAUAUCUCAACUCAAACAUGAUGUCUGUGUGAGACAUUAUUAUUUACCUGUACAUCAAUAAUAGGCAUUAUCCUGCUGAGUUUGAGACUACUAACAUCGCUCCAUUCAAAUCCCCUGCCAUCUACUUCUUCAUCUGUGAUCAUGUAUAUUCAUGACCGCCACUGGCAGGUGAAAAGCCACUUCAACAUGUCACUACUGAUGAAGGCUUAUGAUGAUAAUAAUGAAUAACAAUAAUAAUAAUAAUUAUUCAUUGUACUUAUGAAGUGCUUUUAAAGAACUUGAAGAGGCUUCACAUUAAACUAUAGUACACUCACGCUCUGGUCACCUCAUUAAAGUGUGGACUGAUAUUAAACUGGAUAUAUUAUUUGUACCUUUAAGUGCAAGCAAUGUACAAACUAUGUUUUUGAGAUGAUAGGAAAUAAACAAAUUGUACUCA